AUGGCGAAUGAAGCCCGACUCACCACGCUCAGACGUCAGCGUGGCAACAUUCAAGCAUCAAUAACGAUGUUCAAGGCAACUUUGGAUACAUACAUGUCAUUGCCCAUCGAAGAACGUAUUCCGGAGAGACUCCAGGUCGCAUUGGACGGGAUGAAACAACGUUUUCAACGCUUUGAAGAAAUCCAAGAGGAGCUAGAAGAAGCGGACGAAGAAACCGAGAGCCCCAAACGUUUGGAGAUUCUAUCAAGGUAUGAACAAGCUGUUGGUGAUGCCCUUCAUCAUCUUUCACCCUUACGAACAGUAGCCGCUUCUCCACAAGGAAAUGGUAAUACAGUGCAGUGUGGUGACACAACGAACGCAGCUGCAUCAUUACUUUCGCUCAUACGUUUGCCGGAACUUGACAUUGCAAAGUUCGACGGAUCAUAUGAGAGUUACCAUCCAUUUUGGGACAGCUACAACUGCAACAUUGGACAGAGGACUGAUUUAUCCAAAGUUCAGAAACUCCAAUAUCUUCGGAGUCUUUUAACGGGGAGAGCUGCCAAGGCUAUUGAAUCGUUGUCAAACACUGAGGAGAAUUAUGACACCGCCUUGGACAUCAUCCAGAAGAAGUUCGAUCGCACACGGAAAAUCAUCUGUAGACACUGGGAACUGCUGCAUGAGUAUCCAGCUCUAUCAAAAGACACCAGAGGCACUUGGACAUCUAGUCGACACGGUUUAUCAGCAUACUAG